UUGAAAAAACGAAAAACAACAAUCUGAAUCUUGCCUGUCUUGCCUUGAACCAUAGUUACUCUGCUUCACAGUAGAAAACUAGAAACCGCUGAUUGUAAUUUUUUAAAUUGUUAUUUAAAGAGAAAUACAACAGAGUAGCAAAUGUUUAACAGUAGCCUUUCCAAGAAAACAUCGAAGAAGUCAGCCGUAGUGGUAGAGGAUCUCAGUCGUGAAAUUUACUCACUCGACAACAAUUCAAUGCAAGAAAACAUUCCAUUUGGAGCAAAAUUUCAGUUGCAAUCAUUUUUGCAUGCUGCCGGGUUUAACAAGUUACAGUUAUCUUACCAAGAUAAAUGGUUAGGCCAAAUAUCAAUAAACUCUUCUCUAAAUGCAUUCAGCAUUGGACUUGCAAAAUUUAACAACAAGAUUGAUCAACUUUCAAACAAGGAACUGAUCUUUAUGUUUAACAUAGCACUUGAAAAAAGGAUUGAUAAUCCAAACAAUACUCAACUUUUCAACCAGCUUCUACAAAAAAUCAUGCCUCUCGAAGAUUCUUACAGUUCAUUAAGGAAACUCUUUCUAAAAUCUGAACUCGGAUAUAUUGAUCUUGAACCCACAACCAUCGAAACCAUGUUCAAGUUCCACCCUAAGCUACUGGACACCUGUUGCGAAGUAUUAAAUAGAAAGUCGGAGAAAGAUCUUCAUGUCUCAUGGAUAAUCAAGGUCUGUUCUGGGAGUCCUCAGCUUUAUGGAAAGUUGUGUGAAAACUUGAUAAAACAGUAUCCAGCCUUUCUACCCAAAUUUGUAGAAUCCGUUUGUCGAUGUGAUAACAUUUUGCCUUAUCCUAGUCAUGAACAAACAUGCGCAUUGCUCUGUGUAAUGACUCCAAUAAUGAUUGCGACAGCUCUAAAAGAUUCACAUUAUUCUAAAUUAAUUAACGAGUUACUUCAGCUCUGGCUUACUCACCGUAAAUCUGUUGUUAAAAUGAUUAACCAUUUCCCGUGUAUAACAGAGUGCUUGACAGAGAGUUGCGACAGUAAUGUCAGUGCUAAAAGAUUGUGUGUUCAUUUAAUGUCUACUUGUUCUUCUCAAUGAACAGAUUUAAAUAAAGAAAACUAAUCGUUUGCGUUAUUAUAAAAA